AUGCUUCGUGAAAACCGGAUAUCGGUUCGUGGUUUGAGUGAUUAUCUGAUGUCGAUCAAAGUUCAGAAGAUCACAGAGCCGGUGGUGCUGGGCGAGGGUCCACACUGGGAUGCUCAGCAACAGGCGCUUUAUUUUGUCAGCAUCCUUGAGCAUACCAUACACAAGUAUGUUCCAGCUACUGGACAACAUACCAGGACGAAACUUGAUGGACGCGUGGGCUUCAUAAUCCCUGUGGAGGGGACCUCAGACCAGUUCCUAGUUGGUGUUGAGCGUAAGUUCCUGAUAAUAAAGUGGGACGGAGGAGAAGGCACCCCCGCUACCGUAGUGAAGCAGAUCUCUGAAGUGGACCAGGAUGUGCCCAUGAACAGGAUUAAUGAUGGGAAAGCGGACCCCAAGGGCAGAGUCCUUGCUGGUACUAUGGGGCACGAGGAUCCUCCUGGUGUAUUCCAACAACAGCAAGGCAGCUUGUUCCGUAUAAAUGGAUCCAAGGUGACGAAAGUAGUGGACAAAGUUGGUAUCUCCAACGGCCUGGCGUGGGACUUACGCGAGAAAGCUAUGUACUAUACAGACUCGGCCGAGAAGAAUAUCAGACGAUAUGAUUACGAUGUAGAGACUGGAGAAAUGUCUAAUAUGAAAUUCAUAUUCGAUUUCGACAAAAAUAACAUCACCGGCUGCCCCGAUGGUUGUACCAUAGACAACGAAGGUAACUUAUGGGUGGCAGUGUUCGAUGGCUCUUGUAUCAUCAACAUUGACCCGAGGACCGGAAGCCUGCUCCGAAAGGUCCCCAUUCCAGCCCUACAAGUCACCUCGGCGACAUUUGGGGGCCCCAACUACGAUAUACUGUUCGUUACCACGGCGAGUAUGAAUAUUCAAGGAACCCAGCACCCACCGUGUGGCGCUACCUUUAUGGUGACUGUCAUUCGGUGGAGUGGAUACAUAAGUCGGUUGAGUGAUUACCUGAUGUCGGUCAAAGUUCAGAAGAUCACAGAGCCGGUGGUGCUGGGCGAGGGUCCACACUGGGACGAUCAGCAACAGGCGCUAUACUUUGUUAGCAUCCGUGAGCAUACCAUACACAAGUAUGUUCCAGCUACUGGACAACAUACCAGGACGAAACUUGAUGGACGUGUGGGCUUCAUAAUUCCUGUGGAGGGGACCUCGGAUCAGUUCCUAGUUGGUGUUGAGCAUAAGUUCCUGAUAAUAAAGUGGGAUGGAGGCGAAGGCACCCCCGCCACCGUAGUGAAGCAGAUCUCUGAAGUGGACCAGGAUGUGCCCAUGAACAGGAUUAAUGAUGGGAAAGCGGACCCCAAGGGCAGAGUCUUUGCUGGUACUAUGGGGCACGAGGAAUCUCCCGGCGUGUACAAACAACAGCAAGGCAGCUUGUUCCGUAUAAAUGGAUCCAAGGUGACGAAAGUAGUGGACAAAGUUAGUAUCUCCAACGGCCUAGCGUGGGACUUACGCGAGAAAGCUAUGUACUAUACGGACUCGCUCGAGAAGAAUAUCAGACGAUAUGAUUAUGAUGUAGAGACUGGAGAAAUGUCUAACAUGAAAUUCAUAUUCGAUUUCGUAAAAAAUAACAUCACCGGCUUCCCCGAUGGUUGUACCAUAGACAACGAAGGUAACUUAUGGGUAGCAGUGUUCGAUGGCUCUUGUAUCAUCAACAUUGACCCGAGGACCGGAAGCCUGCUCCGAAAGAUCCCCAUUCCAGCCCCACAAGUCACCUCGGCGACAUUUGGGGGCCCCAAUUAUGAUAUACUGUUCGUCACCACGGUGAGCAUGAACUUUCAAGGAGCCCAGGACCAACUGUGUGGCGCUACCUUUAUGGUGACUGGUUUGGGAGUGAAAGGGAAGCCUAAUGUUAAUUAUAAGCUUUAA